CCCAAAACCCACAAUUUCACAUCUGCAAACACUGUCUUCAUCCACUUGACUCCUAAGACCCGCCCACACGUGGCCAACCUUUCGCGGUUUUUAAUGCUUUUUCACUGCAGGUUCAUGUGUUGAGACCAACCUUAUAUGGACUGAUCGGACAAGCCGGAUUGUCCGAAAAGCUGGUGCAGCAACUUUUCCCUGCAUAUUUCCCCCCCCUCACCAGAAUAUGUCGUUGACCAACACAAAGACGGGCUUUUCUGUAAAGGACAUUUUGGACCUUCCUGACACAAAUGACGAAGACGGAUCUAUCACCGGAGCGGAGGAGGACACGGAGGGUUCGGAGACCACGUCCACGACAAAAACCACUGGAGUUUUGGUGCAAAGUCCUCUGGAAAACGUUCAGAAUCUGCCUUUAAAGAACCCCUUUUAUGACAGCAGUGACAAUCCUUACACACGAUGGCUUGCUACCACGGACAGCAUUCAAUAUUCAUUGUUUCUCCCGUUUCUUGCCGCAGUGCACGGCCUCUCCGCCAGCUCUCAGGACUCGGCCAAGUCCCCGGAGCCGUCCGCAGACGACGAAUCGCCGGACAACGACAAGGAGACUUCCAGCAGCGGCGGCAGCGACUCCGGCAAGAAGCGGAAAAGGAGGGUGUUGUUUUCCAAGGCGCAGACCUACGAGCUGGAGCGCCGCUUCAGGCAGCAGAGGUACCUGUCCGCUCCGGAGAGGGAGCACCUGGCCAGUCUGAUCCGCCUCACCCCGACCCAGGUGAAGAUCUGGUUCCAGAACCACCGGUAUAAGAUGAAGAGAGCCCGGGCCGAGAAAGGUAUGGAAGUGACCCACCUCCCUUCUCCCAGGCGGGUGGCCGUGCCCGUCUUAGUCAGGGAUGGAAAGCCUUGUCACACUCUUAAAGCUCAGGACUUGGCGGCCACUUUUCAGGCCGGGAUCCCCUUCUCUGCUUACAGUGCCCAGUCACUCCAACACAUGCAGUAUAACGCGCAGUACAGCGCCGCGGCCACGCCACAGUUCCCCACAGCACAUCACUUGGUGCAAACGCAACAGUGGACUUGGUGAGAGAAAUGAUAGAGACUUGGCUUAUGGAGGCACGAUAGGGAGUUUCACCACAAAGCAAAGAGAGCGAGAGAGAGAAAAAAAGAAAAUAAAACACACAAAAAAACAAAAGACUUUUCAUUUUUGCAGCUUGACUCAUAUAUAUAUACUACCAUUUUUAUUCGGGGCUCAUGUGUGCGCCGUGUUUACAUGUUUUCGUUAAGAGAACUGGGUCCAAACCUCUCCCUUAUAGAUUUUAUUCAGAAUGUCAAUGCUCUUCUUGUGAAUUUUUUUUUUUUUUCCUUUUUGUAAAGUAUGUUGUGUGUUGGUUGUAGAGAUGUUUUUCUCUUAUU